CGCCCGCCUCCCUCCCCUCGCCGCCGCUGCUGCCGCCAGCAUCUGGGACCGGCCGAUUCUGCACCUCCGUCCGGCGCUGCCCUUUGAUUCGGAUUUCCAUCUUGCAUUCUCCGGCUGACCGCGAGACCUGGCUCGUGCAGAGGAGGGGGGCCUAUCGCUAUGGAGUAUUUCAUGGUGCCCACUCAGAAGGUGCCCUCUUUGCAACAUUUCAGGAAAACAGAGAAAGAAGUGAUAGGAGGGCUCUGUAGCCUUGCUAACAUUCCACUGACGCCUGAGACCCAGCGGGACCAGGAGAGGCGGAUCCGGCGGGAGAUCGCCAACAGCAACGAGCGGAGGCGCAUGCAGAGCAUCAACGCCGGCUUCCAGUCCCUCAAGACACUCAUUCCCCACACAGAUGGAGAGAAACUCAGCAAGGCAGCCAUCCUCCAGCAGACGGCAGAGUACAUCUUCUCUCUUGAGCAGGAGAAGACUAGACUCCUGCAACAGAAUACGCAGCUCAAGCGCUUCAUCCAGGAGCUGAGUGGCUCAUCCCCCAAGCGGCGGCGGGCAGAAGACAAGGACGAGGGCAUUGGCUCCCCUGACAUCUGGGAGGACGAGAAGGCUGAGGACCUCCGGAGAGAGAUGAUUGAGCUGAGGCAGCAGCUGGACAAGGAGCGCUCGGUGCGGAUGAUGCUGGAGGAGCAGGUGCGCUCCCUCGAGGCCCACAUGUACCCGGAAAAACUCAAGGUGAUUGCACAGCAGGUGCAGCUGCAGCAGCAGCAGGAGCAGGUGCGGCUGCUGCACCAGGAGAAGCUGGAGCGGGAACAGCAGCACCUGCGGACCCAGCUCCUGCCUCCUCCAGCCCCCACCCACCACCCCACAGUGAUCGUGCCUGCGCCAGCCCCGCCUUCCUCCCACCACAUCAACGUAGUCACCAUGGGUCCCUCCUCAGUCAUCAAUUCUGUCUCUACAUCCCGGCAAAAUCUGGACACCAUCGUGCAGGCCAUCCAGCACAUUGAGGGCACGCAGGACAGACAGGAGCUGGAAGAGGAACAGAGGCGAGCGGUUAUUGUGAAGUCCGUCCGCAGCUGCCCAGAGGCCCACACCUCUGAUACCGCCUCCGACUCGGAGGCCUCGGACAGCGACGCCAUGGACCAGAGCCGGGAGGAGCCUUUGGGGGAUGGGGAGCUUCCCUGACCACCCCCAGCCCUCCUCUCCCCUCUAGGGGUUAGGGGAGGCCGGGGCAACCACAGGGAGAAUGAGUGAGAAAUUUUUACAAAAUGAUCAUGUCAUUUGGGUCUCUUUUAUGACCUCUUUUUCAAUACUGUAAGUCGACCUUUGAUCGAAGCCACCGGAGCCCAGGUCCCGGGGUUGUGGUGGUAUAUAAAGCACGUGGGCGUGGGAGCCUCGGGACUCCAGGGCUGGGCCUCGGCCCUGGGGCUGGGGAAGCUGACACUGAGGUGCCUGGCCUCUCUCCGCCAAAAAGCUUUUUUUUUGUUGUUGUUUGUUUGUUUUCCUUCCAUUUUUAAACGUGUUUUUAAGAACAGGGAAAAUCAAACAAAAACCCAAGGUAUUUCC